AUGCACCCUCAUUAUGAGUCACGCUGUGUUUAUCCGUUAACGAGUGCAUUUUUCGGUAAUGUUUCUUUUUUAUAAAUAGAAUUGUACAAUGUGACUUAAUUUCGUAAAUUUCUGCACGUUUCUCUAAUUUUUAUUGUUUUUAAGGUCCUAUGGCGGAAAAGGACAUUUCUUACCGAAAACUGAUCGUGGAACGACUUGAAAGAGUCAAACAACGAAACAAACAAGUGGCAGCCUUCUAUAACAACUGUAAGUUUUUUUUUCAGUUGCCAAAUUUCCUGAAUAUGGAAUUUUAGACUCAAAACUCGCCGAUCAAUUGGAAAAGAAACAGAGCUAUGGUCCCAUUCGAUCAUCUGCGUGAGUUAUCGAUUUUGUGCACAAAGAACCCUCACAUUUCAGCAAUUUGCAAGAAACCGAAGAGUUUUUCAAGGUGAAGGAGGAGAUGGCUGAGCUCUAUCGUUCGAAAUGUCAAAAUGAUCAGAUGCUCAUCAACGCGAAUCACAAAAUUGUGGAAUUGGAGAAGAAAACGAGUGUCGCUGUGAAUGAGUAAGAAUCGGAUGCGGAACUCUCGAUAAACUGACUUUUUUCAGACGGGAUUCUCUGGAAUCUCGCUCGAAAAUCCUUUACGAAAAGUACGCUGAGGCGGAAGUGGACCUGCAGAAACUACGCGCGGACAGGGACAACAUGAACGACGAACGCAUUGCUCUGGUGGUGGGUUCAGGAGGCUGUCCGACGAAGAUUUGAUGAAAUGGUUUCAGACAACUGUCAACAUGCUCACUCAGCAGAAACUGGAGAUGGAGAAUGACAGAAUUCACUUUUUGAACAAAAUUCGAGAGCUGAACAAUCAGAGGGUCGACUUGAUGAAUGCUGAAAUAGCACUCGAAGAACAGUAUGCGAAGACUCAAAAACCGCUCAAUAAGUGUCUUGUUUUCAGAAGACGAAAUCUUCGCAUACAAGAUCAGAUCAGAAGUGCCGUGCAAGAUGUCUCAAAGGAUCAGAGAGUGUGAGUGAAUCCCAAGCCAGGAGUGAUGACCAACUCAAAUAUAUUCUUUCAGAAUGGCCAUGUUGCAAGCAAUGCCAGAUACGAACUCGAACGGAGAUCUCCUUAUGGGCGACAGCGUCCCAUCUUACAUAGAGCUCUCUUUUGUGAGUCGGAUGCAUAGGAAAUGAUGACUAAUCGAUUUAUUCAGGAGUGUGACGAAGGGGAGGUUAACGAUGUUCUGUGGCUAUCCGGGGAAACAUUCGCCACCGCUGGCUCGGACAGAAAAGUCAAAAUUUGGAAAGUCGAUGGUCAUGGCGGGCAGUCGAAAAUGUGGGUUGAUUUAAAAGCGCUUGUACCUGAGCAACGAAACAUAUUAUGAAAAUUAUAACUGUGACUUUUUUGAUUAUUUUAGAGAUACUCUGCCAGGAAGCAACGCCGCUUUCACCCGGUUGGAUUACGACCGCGACAGGAGACAUCUUAUCGCCUCUUCAAAUGACAACAACGUCCGCAUCUGGAAUCUGGAAUCUUCCCGUCUACUGGUUUGGAAACUCGAACAGAAACGAUAUCAAGAGUUACGUUUGCAGAGCACACUGUCCGGACAUGCUGAUCAAGUCACCUGCGUCAAAUUCUACCAAUCUCACUCUGCCGCUUCGGGAAGUGCGGACAGAGUCAUCAAGAUUUGGGACCUUCAGAAUCAGAGAUGUUCGUUCUACACUGAUACUGCCCCGUAACACAAUAUAUUUUAGGCAGCCGUUCAUUCUUUCCUGGAUCGAAGGUUUACGACAUUGCUACCAAUCUCGGCGGAAGUCCGUCCCUUUUCUCUACUGGCCACUUCGACAAGAAGCUCCGAUUCUGGGACGGCCGUUCGACGGAUGCUGUCAAAACGAUCGAAAUGGGUGGAAGAAUUACUUCGCUCGACGCCUCGAUGAGUGGAUAUGAACUGCUUAUCUCCACUCGCGACGACACAAUAACUUUGAUGGAUCUUCGUAACUUCCAGACGAUACACUGCUACAGGUAGGAAAUGAAAAAAUAAUGGAAUCGCCGCUUUCAAUGCACAAUAGAAAAAAAGAAUGCAUUCGCAUGAGUCGCAUGGGAAUUUGAAGGCUUUGUGGGAAAAAUAAGACAAAUGAAAUAUUUUUUGAAGCGGAGCCCAAAAGUUAUGGCUAAAGUUACUCUUUUAGCGCCGAGAACUACCGCACAAGCUCUGAUCUAUCCCGUGUUGUGCUGUCUUCUGGAAACGAUUACGUGGCCGCCGGAAGUGCAAACGGAAACAUCUACGUCUGGAACAGAAACAGUACAAAACUGGAGAAAAGGCUAACAACUGCCACUGAGUGAGCAUGCAUUCUCCAACUUCAAAACUCAUUACAUGUUUUAGCAAUCCGAUUUUCUCAAUUUCGUGGAAUCCGACUGGAUACGGAAUGCUUUCGUCCAGCAAGCAGAAAGUAGUUGCUCUAUGGAAAUAA